GAGGUUGAUUCAAACGGGGUUCUCCCGCAUCGCGACGUCGACGUCGAAACGCACCAAUACCUUAACUCCCAUACCUCCGCGUGAACACGUGGAAACCUGCACAUACAAUCUCUCAACUGGCCGAUAUGAACCCAGCACCAGGCCAAGGUCAAGGCCUGGCGGGUCGGGCGCCCGCUCAAAAUGCCCAGGUUGCUGGCCAACCGAACCGACAGCAAGGUACCCUUUUAUAUCGGCCCGAGAUGAUGCGCGGGAUCGCCUAUCUCGGCGAGGAGGAAAAGAUCAAAUACGAGAAAGGGCUUGCUAGCCUCUGGAAAAUGCACGACACCGCCCCGCCUGGGUCUCCUCAACAAGAGGAUGCGAAGAAGAAAAUUGCCGAAUUCGGAAGGAUGCUCUCGCAAAAACUACAACAGCGUCGCCAAGCUCAACAACAACAGAACCAGCAACAGCAGCAACAGCAGCAACAGCAACAGCAACAGCAACAGCAGCAGUCCUUGCAGCAGCCCGGCCAAGCUCAGUCGGCGCAGCAUGGCCAACAAGCUUCCGCUGCUCAGGGAGGCAGUGGGCCAUCCGGCUCCAUGGCCAAUCCUCCUUCCCAACCACCUGCAACUGCUCCUCAGGCUGCGGCCGCCCAAGCGAGAACGUUGCCUCCCCAUAUCGUGAGCCACCUUAACGAGAUUCAGUUCCAGGCUCCGCCCAACGUUCAGGACAAGGCGAAAUGGCUGGAAGAGAUCAAGACGAAGUACGCACGGGCUCUGUGGCAGAUGGAUAAUGCCCGCAGCGCGACCAAGUCAAUCGAGCAGACCCUGCAGGAGAACCAGGCGCUGCCGCCGGAAGAGAGGAAGAAGUUGGAGGAUCGCAAGGCGCAACUUCAGAAGCAAUAUACCGACGCAAUCUCGUUCGCCAAUCUCGUGCGGAAGCAAUAUGGUAUCGGCGGUAACCAGAGGACAGCACAGAAUGGCGCCUCGGUCGCCGCAAACCAGCAGCGUCCACAAACUGCAGGAGCGCAAGGCGCCGUCCAGCCUGGCCCUGGAGUUAACAAUGGAGCGCCCGGCGCGGCUCCCGCAAACUCGAUGCAAAACUCGACCGCUGCUGUCAACGCGGCCAUUGAGGCUGCCAAAAAACAGCAGUUGGCGGCCGGCCGUGUGCCAGGUGCGGUGAAUGCGCUGCCGGCGCAGCAAGGACCGCACCCCCAGCACCAGUCACAAGGUCCGGCAACACCCGCACAGGCGCAACAGUCUCCGGUCACCCAAGCGCCUCCGGCGCAACCGAUUUCCUCGCAGCCCCAAUCGCAACAGCCUCAUCAAAUCCAGCAUCCGGCGGCGCCCGUCAAAGUCGAACCCGGGACGCAAGCCGCCCUUCCUACGCCUCUCAACACGGCCAUCGCCGCGGCGGCGUCUGUUGGUGGGAUACCGUCCGCGGGUACGCCGACGCAGAAUUCCGCCCGCCUCCAGACUCCGCAGUCGGCCACCCCGACGACCGCGAACGCCAAUAUUCGACCUCUCACGCACGCUGCUGCCGUCAAUCUCGCGUCGCAGCGCCCCGGUGUGAUUCCGGCACCGCCCACAACCGGACCCGGAAGCAACCAAGCCCCGGGACUUGGGGUGAUCGGCGCAGCGCAGCAGCAAGGCCAUUCCCACGCGCACCCCCCGCAACCGCAGCCCACCCCGCAAGCCAACUUGCAAUCUAAACUCCCGAUUCCAAAGGUGCUCCAUGAGAAGGCCGCCCAAAUGCCGACCCCCGUCCCUAACAUUGGAGGCAUUGGCAGCGCCGGUCGCCCCACCUACAGCGGUGGCGGCGGCAUCGGAGGCGGAGUCAUGAAUCAGCCCGCGCUUCCCAAGACCCCGGCAUAUCAGCUCGAGGGCGAGGGCGAGCGCAUACUCAACAAGAAGAAGCUGGACGAGCUUGUGCGCCAGGUCUGCGGUGGUACGGCCGAGGGCCAAGAGGGCAACCUAUUGACUCCAGAAGUAGAGGAGUCUGUCCUCAGCAUGGCCGAUUCGUUUGUCGACAAUGUCCUCCACCAGGCUUGCCGCAAUGCCAAGGAGCGAGGCUCCAAGGUGCUCGAGAUCCGCGACAUUCAGCUUGUGCUGGAGCGGACCUACAACAUCCGCAUACCCGGCUACUCGAGCGAGGAGCUGAGGACCGUUCGCAAGAUCCAGCCCAACAGCUCGUGGAUCAAGAAGAUGAGCGCCGUGCAAGCUGCCAAGGUUGUCCCCGGCAAGAGUGAUAUUUGAUUGGUUCUUCUAUCUUUCUCUCUCGCUUCCCGCACCAGCUUCGGGGAUCGUGCUACGGUUACCCUGGUGUAUUCUGGGGGGACUUAUUUCUGGUAUCGGCAUUCUGGCUUCUCAGCAGCUCG